AAUCAGGAGAAUUUGAAAGGAAAAUCAGCUUCGUUAACAUUAAAAUAAUGUUGCAAUACCAGGAAUCUUGAACUUAAUUGACCUAAAAUGCUGAAUAUAAAUUAAGCAAUAUCAGAAAUGCACGGUAGGUUAAGUUCGUUAGGUGUGGUAAAAUAUCCUCUGUACGUGAGUCACUGUAAAACCAAGCAGGUUUCUGUCGGUCAAUGCAAUAAAACAACAUUUUGCGCAAACCCCCGAUUGCGUGGAUUUUGCCUACGACAAAUCCCAGAAUAACGGUAAAUGUAGCCAAGAUGGUGUUUGAAAUCUAAACACUUUACAUAUUUGAAAUGAAGUGAGUGAUUCUACUUAAAGAUUUUCAAAUAUGGGUCAAAUGGUAUUGUUAUCUGACUGCUGUGUGUGAGGUGUCAAAUGCUGACUGUGUGUGUGUGUAUAGUUGUGUGACGCGGCUGUGUGUAAGGUGUAAUGUGUGUGUGUUCAGAGCUGCAGUGAGACGAUGGAGGGUUUGGGGCUUCAGGCCGUGGCUCUGAGCGACGGAUCCACCGCUUACAUUCAGCAGAACAUCAGCGAUGGGAGUCUAAUGGAGGGAAACACGGUUCAGCUGGAGGACGGGACCACGGCGUUCAUUCAACACGUCAGCGUCCAGCAGAAAGAGUCGCUGGCGUUUGAGGACGGUCAGGCGGUGCAGUUGGAGGACGGGACCACGGCCUUCAUUCACCACACACCUAAAGACGGCUUUGACCCCAGCUCCGUGGAGGCCGUUGAGCUGGAGGACGGCAGCACGGCGUACAUCCACCACCAGACGAGCAGCGCUGUGGAGCUAAACGCCGAGGCCAUCGCCACGCUGGAGAGCUACGCUAGCAAGCUGACGGGGUCAGAGGUCGAGGUGGAUGAGAACAUGGAGAACACAAACGGAGCGGAGCAGACCAGCAUACAGCUGAUGUUUGAGGGGAAGGUCUGGAGCUCUGGUAAAGUCCAGCCGGUGGGAGAGAAGAGUUUCCGCUGUGGACACACGGGCUGCGGACGAUAUUACACCACAGCACACCAUCUGAAGGUGCAUGAGCGCUCGCACACGGGUGACCGUCCGUACCGAUGCGAGGUGCCGUCCUGCGCUAAAGCUUUCGCCACCGGGUACGGUCUCAAGAGCCAUCUGCGCACGCACACGGGCGAGAAACCCUACAAAUGCCCCGAGGACAUGUGCUACAAAGCCUUCAAAACCUCCGGAGACCUGCAGAAACACGUGCGCACACACACCGGUGAGAAGCCGUUUAAGUGUCCGUAUGAGGGCUGCGGACGCUCCUUCACCACCUCCAACAUUCGUAAGGUUCACACGCGAACGCACACGGGCGAGAGGCCAUACUUGUGCCCCGAGCCGUCCUGCGGAAGAGCCUUCGCCAGCGCAACCAACUACAAGAACCACAUGAGGAUACACACCGGUGAGAAGCCGUAUCUGUGUACGGUUCCCGGCUGUGGGAAGAGUUUCACGGAGUACUCCAGUCUUUAUAAGCAUCACGUGGUCCACACGCACUGUAAGCCGUACACCUGUAGCCACUGCGGGAAGACCUACAGACAGACGUCCACGCUAGCAAUGCACAAGCGCACCGCGCACGGAGACUUCGACACCGUGGAGGACGCCGACGCAGAGGCUUUCGAGGCCAAUUCGAACGAAUGUGAUGCUAAAGUCACCAUGGAAACCGACGACGACAUCAGCUCACACCUGCAGGUGCUCGGCGCGGCCGUCACCAUGGUGACCCGGGACGGAGCCGGCGGCGAUGGCAAGGAGCUGCAGCCGGUUGCUAUAGUGACGUCAAACGGCCUCAUGACUGAAGUGAACGCGUCGCCGUACCAGCAGGUGGCGCUGCUAGCAACAGAGAACGGCACACAGAUCGCCGUACAGUUAGAGGAGCAGCAGACGUUAGAGGAGGCCAUCACCAUGGCAACAGCAGCGAUCCAGCACAGCGGACUGAGCUCAGAUCAGUGACGGCUCAGAGAGAGAUAAUGAAUACUUCACUUUUAUAACGUUUAGAGAGUAUGAGAAAGAGCUUCUGCACUCAUCAAGGGUCUUUUUUACCUGCUUCGAGCCUGUAGAUAUGAAACCAGAUGAAAAUGUAUAUUUGUUAAUAAAUAAGCUUUAUCCAG